AUGGAGAAGCUGUUUGUGUUGGUCUUUGCUCUCACCCUGCUGGUCUUCUCCUCAGAGGCCUCCCCGAUUCUGACAGAAAAGCAAGCCAAGCAGCUCCUGAGGUCCCGGCGACAGGACAGGCCCAGCAAACCUGGAUUCCCUGACGAGCCCAUGCGGGAGUAUGUGCACCACCUGCUCGCCCUGGAGCAUCGCGCCGAGGAGCUGUUUCUGGAACACUGGCUGAAUCCCCACUGCAAGCCUCACUGCGACAGGGACCUGGUCCACCCUGUGUAAGGACCCAGAGCCAGCUUGCAGGUUUCCAGGCAGUGAUCCGGAGGCUGCUGGGACAGAGAGAAGCGCGUCUUCCAUCUGAUCGGGAACUGAAGAAAUGAAGCCUUCUGACCUCAGAAACUUGCGGCCCUUUGUGGGAAGGCCAGAAGUGGCCUUCAGAGGGAAUGACAAAUAUAUAUUCUGCUCUGUUUUACUAACCUGCCCACAUCGUGAAAACUAACAGCUUGAAUCACAGGGCCCUGAGAGCCUUCCUACCAGUUUGCAAGUAGGCGGAGCCCCAGUCCUCCGGAGAGGGAUGGAGCUGGGGGCUGCAGAACAAGCCU